AUGAUGUUCUCCACCGUUUACGUUGCUUGCCUCUUGGCCGUCUCCGCCCUUGCUUCCCCUACCCAGCACAACCCCCGUGGUCUUCCCGGAAGCUACUUCAUGCAGGACCAAGACCAGGCCCAGUCCAACCAUGCCGCAAGCAUGUCGAGCACCCCUUGGGGCCAGAGUUCCAGCAGCGUCGACGAAGACAGCCAUUCUCAUUCGCACGUCGAGGGAGGCUCUUUCGGUGGUCCCGCGAUAGGUGGUUCCUUUGGUGCCGGUGGUGCCAGUUCCUUUGGUGCCGGUGGUGCUAGUUCCUUUGGUGCCGGUGGUGCCAGUUCCUUUGGUGCCGGUGGUGUAGGUUCUUUUGGUGCCGGUGGUGCAAUCGAUGCCGGCUUCAACGGCGCGUCGUCCUUCGGCGCCGGUGGCAUCGGUGGCUCCAUGGGAGGUGGAGCUGGGAUCAACUCGAUGAAUGCCGGCCAGUUCAACUCCAUGAACUCCAACCAGUUCAACUCCAUGACUGCUAACGGGAUGUCGAACGGCUUCUCUGGCGGAAUCGAUCCCUCAAUGAUCGGCGGCGGCGUGAGCGGCGGUGCCAUGUCCACCAUGACCCAACAAAGCUACAGCUCCAGCUCGGUCAUCAACAUGUUCCAGAGCCUGAACAGUUUCAUGAGCCAGAUGCAAUCUAACCUCAUCGCUGGUCAGAUGACCCAAGCGAUCGCCAUGCAGCGAAUGCAGACUUUCUGCCGGUACUUCCAGAUGGCCAUGCAUCAAGCCUCCUUCUGCUCCCAAUGCUUCAGCGGCAACCAAUUCGGCGGGAUUGCUUCCAACACCAUGAGUCAGUUCACUACUUUCUUGCAGCAACUCCACAGUACCUUCGGCGCAAGCAACUUUGGCCAACUUGUAGCCCCCCUCACCCCGCUCCAAAACACCUUCAGCAAAUUCCUCUACAAGGCCUCCAGCUCCCGCUCUUCGUCCUUCACCUCCAACUCUUUCAUCCCCUCUGCCUUGCCCUCUCUCCUCGCCCCCGCCAUGCCCCAGGUCGCUCCUAUGCUCAGCCAAUUCAACAAGAAGUAA